AGAAACAAAUAACUAAUUCUGUGGGAAAGAUUCCUGAGAGCAAAAAAAAACCAUAGAAAGGGAAUAAGAAAAAACAGAGAAGUACUUUUUCUUUUUCUGUGAGAGUGAAAACAGAGUACUUCAGUGAUGUUAAUGGCGAACGAGAUGAUUACAGUCGAUCCCGAAAGUGGGUUUUGUGAAUCGAAUUCGAUUUUUUAUAGUAAACGAAAACAAUUGCUUCUACCUUGCAGUGAAAACUUAGAUAUUACAACUUUCCUUUCUUCAAAAGUUCACAGAGGAAAGACUGCAUAUAUUGAUUCUUCAACUGGUAAAAGCUUAACAUUUUCACAAUUAUGGAAAGCUGUUGAUUCAGUAUCUUCUUUUCUUUCUGUUGACUUGAAGAUACGUAAAGGUGAUGUAAUUCUUAUUCUUUCUCCGAAUUCUAUAUUUUUCUCUGUAAUUUGUCUCUCCGUGAUGUCUCUUGGAGCUAUCAUUACUACAACUAAUCCACUCAACACACCUCAAGAAAUUGAUAAACAAAUUGCCGAUUCAAACCCCAUUCUAGCUUUCACUACUCAGUCUCUUUCACCUAAACUCGCUUCUAUUAAUCUUCCGGUCAUUCUUAUGGGAGAUUCAACUCCGAUUACCCGAUCAUUAUCAGCAACUACUAAACCUUUAAUCAUUGCAUCACUGGAAGAAAUGAUGAGAAAAGAACCGAGUUCGUACCGUGUUAAAGAACGAGUUGGUUUGGAUGAUACAGCAACAUUACUUUACUCGUCAGGAACAACAGGAGUGAGUAAAGGAGUAAUUUCGUCGCACGGAAAUUUGAUAGCAAUGGUUCAAACUGUAUCGAAUCGGCUGAAGGAUUCAGAUGGAAGCCAGACAUAUGUCUGUACUGUUCCGAUGUUCCAUAUCUACGGUUUAUGUGCAUUUGCAUCGGGAUUAUUAGCAUGCGGAUCAACUGUUGUAGUUCUUUCGAAAUUUGAACUUGAUGAAAUGUUGUCAGCAGUUGAAAGAUUUAGAGCAACAUGUUUACCUUUGGUACCUCCGAUACUAGUUGCACUCAUUAAUAAUGCUGAAAGUAUUUGGAAGAAAUAUGACUUGAGUUCGUUAAAAACGGUUUUAUGUGGUGGUGCCCCUUUAAGUAAAGAAGUAACCGAAGGGUUUGUAGAGAGAUACCCGAAUGUUUCGAUACUUCAAGGAUACGGGUUGACAGAAACUACAGGAAUUGGAGCAUCCACAGAUUCUUUAGAGGAGAGUAGAAGGUACGGAACUGCUGGGUUACUGUCGCCAAGUAUGGAAGCCAAGAUUGUUGAUCCGGAAACGGGUAUAGCAUUGCAAGUAAAUCAAACAGGCGAGCUUUGGGUUCGUGGUCCUACUGUUAUGAAAGGUUAUUUCAGUAACAUGGAAGCUACCAUAUCCACAAUAAAUUCCGAAGGAUGGUUAAGAACAGGUGAUAUCUGCUACAUCGACAAUGCUGGUUACAUCUUUGUGGUUGAUAGGUUGAAGGAGCUGAUCAAAUACAAGGGCUAUCAGGUUCCACCUGCUGAACUUGAGGCCUUGCUGCUCACUCACGCGGAUAUUUCAGAUGCUGCCGUUAUCCCAUUUCCAGACAAAGAAGUAGGCCAAUUUCCCAUGGCAUAUGUGGUUAGAAAAGCUGGAAGUAAACUGACAGGAAAUGAAAUUAUGGAGUUUGUAGCGAAACAGGUAGCUUCAUACAAGAAAAUUCGACGCGUUUCAUUUGUGUCCGCUAUCCCAAAAAACCCAUCAGGGAAAAUUCUAAGGAAGGAUCUCAUUAAGCUUGCUACCUCCAAGCUCUCCAAGCUUUGAAAUAGUUAGGUUCUGAAGCAAUUCAAUGG